AUGGGGAAGUCAGUUGUGUUGAGCCGUUGUUGUCCGUCUUGCCCUAUGUUGGUUGGCGAGAUGUUCCUGCCCUCCUAUUUGAUCGUGAUGCUGAUGGCGGAGUUCGUUGUUAUCCUGGGGAUGGACUGGCUUGCGGAGUAUUAUGCGAUUUUGGACUGUGCCACGAGGACAGUCACGUUUCAUAUUUUCGGCUUGCCAGUGUUCCUGUUCGUUACCGAGCCGAGAGGAGGGCCGUUGUCCAGUUUAUUGGCUUAUGUUGUCGAAGAGUCCGUGGUAGGGUGUAUUAAGCAACUUUCAGUAGUCUACAAGUACCCAGAUGUGUUCCAAGAGAUCCCGGGUUUGCCGCCACGUCGACAGAUUGAGUUCUAG